AUGGCUGAAGUUGAAGAUGAGUAUGAAUCUGAGUCUGAAUCUGAGAUCGAAGAGAUGGCUGAAGAUGUUGAUGAACCUGAUCAGGGACAAGUUAAGGAACAAGUUGUUGCACCUGUUGUUGAACCUAUUGUUGAACCUGGUGUUGAACCUGAUCAUGAACAAGUUCAUGAACCUGUUGUUGAACUUGAAUUGGAACAAAUUGUUAUUGAACCUAUAAUUGAAGAUGUUAAGGAAAAAUUUGCACAACCUGUUGUUGAAGUUGAACAAGUAGCACAACCAUUGAAGAGGAAAAGGAAAUACUCAGAGAGGAUCACUAAAGUGGCAUUAAAUAGGGUUGUCAUCACCACGGAUGGAUGUGGUUUAAGUGUGAAUAAACCUAUUACUCUGGAAUGA